UACUACUAAUCCAUUUAAAAUUUAAAAUACAUUUUUAACUUCUAAUUGUCAAUUAUAAAUGUGGCCUAGCAGUUCAUUAUCAAUAAACACUAUAAAAAUAAUUUUAUCUAUUCAAUAAUAAAAAUGUUAUGAAAAUGACGGCAGAAAAUAGAAAGAGAUCAAGAGAUGAAGAUUUGAAUGAUGCUUCAAUGCCCCUGUCAAAACGUAUAAAUAACCUACAUAUACAUAAUAGUGCAAGUAAUUUUAUGAAGAUAAACCAAAACUCGAAUAAUUCAUCAGUGCCAUCACGAGAAAACAAUGUGAAAUCAGAUGCACCAGUUACAAAUGGUUAUAAUCCAGAUUUAAAUGCCUCACAAAACCCUUUUUACUAUCAAAAUAAUAAAGUGUUAUUUGAGUUAUAUAUGGAACGAAUGCAAAGGAAUGGUGCCUUUCAAUUCGGAUAG